AUGGACACCGCUUGUCGGCACUCAAAGAGUGUCCAAAUCCAGUCCAGAGCAUCGUAUCUUGAAUACCUCGAUGUGGUUCUUUUUGCUAACAGUCAUGACGAAAUGCAAGUAAUGCUAAAUAAGUGUCAGCAACUGCAGCAAGAAUUGGACUCAGGAGCGUCAUCUUCGCUGGUUGGGGAACGUUCUCCGUCGUCCACCAUAGGAGUUGAUGCAUAUUUCGUUACUUGUAAUGGUUGGUGUCAAAAGCGAGGUAGGCCAGUUAAGAACUGGGCUGAUACGUCAGAAAAGAAUUUUGAACGUAUAGAUGGACCAUCAAUAUAA